AUGCUUCAUCUUCAGGGUCACGUAUCGGACUCGGUUGCUGUUGUUGAUGAUAUUGUAGAUAUUGUUGCUGUUGUUGAUAUUGUAGAGAUUGAUAUUGCAGAGGUUGUUGUUGAGGUUUAUAUUGAUGUGAUUGUUUUUGGAGUUGAUAUUGUGGAGGUUUUUGAAGUUGGGAUUGGGAUGAUUGUUGGUCUUGUUGAUACUGUGGAGACAAUUGCUCAAAUUUAUCAUUCCAAUUGUAAAAUUGUUUCGUCGGUGUUACAAAAAUAUUUUGUACCGCAGGUUGUGCAUGUGCAUGUGGAUUAUUCUGGAAUAAUAUAA